UAUUCGUAGUGUUGAUGUUUAUUUUAAAGGAACGAAGUUCAAUAAUUAUUACAUUAUUUUUAAAUUUUAAUAUUCUAUGCAUUGAUCGGUGGAUUUGUCCAUGACUGUGUAAUCUUUUCUGGAAGUUCCUCUAAUCAUUUUAUGCUUAAAAGGUCUUGAAUAAAACUAGCAACAUGGGCAAGAAACAACAUCAAAAGGAUAAAAUGUACCUGACGUACACCGAGUGGUCCGAGUUCUACGGUGGUCACAAGCCGAAUUCGGUGGAAAACGAACAGGUCAAAUUUAAGCGCCUCCCGUUCGAUCACUGCUGCUUGACGAUGGUUCCAUUUGAGCAUCCGUACUGCGACAAGGAUGGGAACGUGUUCGAACUUGCGGCGAUUAUCGAUUUCAUCAAGCACUUCAAGGUGAAUCCCGUAACGGGUGCUCCGCUGGACGGUAAAUCGUUGAUCAAACUCAACUUUACCAAGAAUCACGAGGAUCAGUUUCAUUGCCCUACGCUGUUUAAACCAUUUACGAAAAAUUCGCAUAUUGUGGCCAAUGGGAAGACGGGUAAUGUCUUUUCCUACGAAGCAAUUGAGCAGCUAAAUGUAAAGGCCAAAAAUUGGAAGGAUCUGUUGGAUGAUUCCCCGUUCACGAGAAAGGAUCUGAUAACAAUUCAGGAUCCAAGCAAUUUGGAAAAAUUUAAUAUUACGACAUUUUAUCAUAUUAAAAAUAAUCUGAAAGUGCUAUCGGAGGAAGAAAUGGCGGAGAGAAAGGAUCCACAAGGAAGAUUGAAAACUAUUUCCAUGGAAACUAGGGAUAUUUUAACCCAACUUGAAAAGGACUAUAAAGCACCAGAGGAAAAAUCAGAAGAGCACAAAGUAGCCGAUAAGUUCAACGCAGCGCAUUACUCUACGGGAGCUGUGGCAGCAGCAUUCACUUCAACUUCGAUGGUUCCGGUUUUGAAUCACGAAGCAGCGAUUAUAGAGGAAGAUGUAAUUCGAUACGAGCGGGUGCGAAAGAAGGGAUAUGUAAGGCUACUGACAAACUUUGGUGCAUUAAAUUUAGAGCUAUACUGCGAUCAGGUUCCAAAGACUUGUGAAAACUUUCUAAAACACUGUCAGACUGGUUACUACAAUGGGUGUAUAUUUCAUCGGUCGAUUCGAAAUUUUAUGAUUCAAGGUGGUGAUCCGACGGGGGUGGGCAACGGAGGCACAUCGAUUUGGGGUAAGAAGUUCCCCGAUGAAAUUAAACCCAAUCUCUCUCAUUCCGGUAGAGGCAUUUUAUCGAUGGCCAAUUCGGGCCCAAAUACCAACGCAUCACAGUUCUUCAUAACCUACCGAUCUUGCAAGCAUCUUGACGGCAAGCACACUAUUUUUGGAAAACUGGUCGGCGGUCUAGAAGUACUGACCGAAAUGGAACGAGUUGAGGUGGACAAUCGGGAUCGUCCGAUUGAAAAUAUUUUCAUACAGCGGUUACAGGUCUUUGUAGAUCCGUUUCAAGAGGCUGAUGAACAAUUAGCCAACGCACGUGCUAAUGAACUAGAACGUGCACAGAAAGAAGCGGACGAGAAGCAAAAAAAGUCGAUCAAGUCGCAACCACUGAAGGUCUUUCGCUCUGGUGUGGGCAAAUAUCUGGACAAGGAAAUUACUAAGAAACUUGCGGAACCAGAAGCAUCCACUAGCGGAGCAGAUGCAAUCCAAGCUAAAAAGAGGAAAAUAGACGAAAAGAUUAAAAAACUUGGCAACUUUAGUUCAUGGUAAUUUUCUUUUCUACUGUUAAU